AAGUGGAGUCACCCCUCCAGCACCCCAGGUCCUGGCAGUCCUAGGGAGCCCUGCCACUCAGCGUGUGACUGCCUGGAGGGCGACAGCUCUCUCAGGAGUUCAGUGUCCCCUUCCCCUCUCCUUCCCAGUUGCUCCCUGCACGAGGAGGAUGCCGAGCGGUGGGAGACCUACCACCGGCAGGGGCAGCGCCAGGCGCUGGUGCAGCGUUCGCCCUGGCUGGUGAUGCGCACGGGCAUCCCGGGCCGCGGGCUGCAGGAGUACCAGCUGCCCUACCAGCGGAUGCUGCCGCUGCCCAUCUUCACCCCUGCCAAGGUGGGCGCCACCAAGGAGGACACCCCCAUCCCGCUGCGGGAGCUGCUGGCACUGGAAGCAGCCCUGGGCGGCCAGUGCGUGGACCGCCAGGACGUGGCCGAGAUCACCAAGCAGCUGCCCCCUGUGGUGCCUGUCAGCAAGCCCGGCGCCCUGGGUCGCACCCUGUCUCGCUCCAUGUCCCAGGAAGCACAGAGAGGCUGAGAGGGACGGUGACUUGGGCUCCACAGCGCCGGCCCUGGGCUGGGCCCUUCCUGGCUAGGACCACGGAGGGGAGCUGCUGGCCGUGGAAGCUUUGUAGUUUGCCCAGAGUUGGGGGCUAGGGGAGGUGGGAGCCAGAGGCCAGGGUGCCUGGGUCUCCUGAGUUCCCACAGGGAGGGAGCGAAGACGGUGGGUGCUAAGGGUGGAGAGCUGGGGGCCAGCACAGCCGAGCACCCCCAGGAGGAGAGGCAGAAAAUGCUGGUGAGGGUGAGAGGUCCCUGAGAGGAGUGACCCCAGUCCAGAUUUCAGCUACAGAGAAGGAGGGAAAAAAGCAGAAGGGGAUCUGGAAUGCUCAGGGAAGGAGGCCUGGAGAACGCUGGAGGGAGGGGCACGUGAAGAGGGCAGAGGCAGGGUGGAGCCCCCAGCACCCUCUGUUAGCGCUGCAAUAAAUGCUCAAUCACA